UCACCACUGAGACUUUCCCAUAAUUUAGAUGAGGAAAGGCGCGAAUUGCCGCUAUACACUGAAACCAUCAACUUGAAAUCUCAAAGAAAACAUAAUGACAUUACAGGAUUUGAACCGGGGGACAACGCAGCGCCAUUUCAGAUUAAGACGUUGGACGGGGAAUUCAUAUACCCCCUACAAAAGAAGUGGUCCGUGAUUUUCCAUGCCUUCACUAACAAUUCGGCUUUCUUGGAGUGCUUGUGGUCCUCAAACGCCUCGCUGACAGACUUGGUUGAGUACCUGCCCGAAAACACUCAUGUUCUAUUUUUGUCACUGGAUGAGACUGCUGCUAAGGAUGCGCUUUGGAUGAGGGAGAUGGUCUAUCGCAUUGCGUCGGGCUCUCACAGGGGGAAAGAUGUCCUCUCCAGAUUACAUUUUUCGCCUGUCCCUGUUUUUGCACUGGGCAACUGGAUCCCAAAGGUCCUAUAUUCCUGGGGUUGUACUGGACACAACUGCGGCCUGGCUCAAGCCGUGUUUACCUCCACAGAAUGGGACCUGCCUUUGAUUACCAAGCGACUGAACGCCAGGUAUGAUUGGUUGAAUGGAUACUGGGACCAGAAGCCAUACAGACUGAAGGAUGGAGGUGAUGGCUGUACUCCCAAUUCCUCAGUUGCAGGUGCCGUGGCAUGGGUUUCUGAGGGCGGUUGUUCGUUUUUCACUAAGGUGAAGAACAUGGCAGCCUCUAAAGCUGUGGGAGUUGUGGUGUACGCCUCUGCUGGACAGCCAAUCAAAGACAUGAACUGCAUUGGAGGGGAAUGCAACACUGCGCUAGGAAUCCCUGCUGCCAUGGUGCACUUGGAGACAUCAGUUGACAGUGCCCUUCGAGCUGGGAAAGCGGUGAAUGUGUCAUUCCAGACCACCCCCUCUCCGAACUUCUUCUUUGGCCUCGACCAGCAGGGGGCGCUGGCAGAGAUGGGCUGGCUCCUCUACCCCACUUUCAGAUUCCUCAACUGGCAGGCUCAGUGGUUUGACUACCAGGAGGGAUUGCGUGGACACCUGGAGAGGCCAGCUACAGUGGUGCCUGUGUUUGACCGCGUCCAGAUGCAGGGGGAACAUGGGGCUCAGGCCACAGUGGACCUCCCCGCAGGUGUGCUGGAAUAUAACGUGCUGGAAUUGGACGCCUCCCUGUCCUGUCCUGGUCGACGGGAUGAAACAUGCGCUCACUGGGACCACACCGCGCAGCUGUUUGUGUGCUGCGAUCACUUCGGCCCAUCCUGCAACGCGGAGCUGGGCCGCUGGAUCACGGCAUUCCGAAGAGGUACCGGCCGCUGGAUCACUGACGUGUCUCCGCUCAUGCCCCUGUUGAAUUCUGGGAGAUGUGCGUUCACCAUGAAGACCGUGGCCUGGGCCAUGCCCUGGGUGGUGUCGCUCAACCUUCGCUUCAGUCACAGCAACCAAUCAGCCUUUUUAGUCAAAGAGACGGACGAUAUUGAAAGGCUCCAACCCUUCAAAUUGACAUCAUUGUUUGGAGGAGGUACAUUUGACAAGGGUUACAAUAAGAGAUUCCAGCCAUUGAAGUUUACAAUUCCUGCCUCAACCAAGAAGGUUGAGCUGUAUGCCGUCAUCACUGGCCAUGGGAGCGAUGAGUAUGGCUGUGGAGAGUUCUGUGUGACCUCACAUCAUGUCCUGGUCAAUGGCAUCUUCAAUAACACUCGCAUUUUCGACUCUGCAGGAUCCGCCCUGGGUUGUGCCCUUCGCGUGGCAGAAGGAGCGGUGCCCAACGAGCAUGGCACCUGGCUGUACGGGCGAGGAGGCUGGUGCGAUGGACUGCAGGUCAAUCCCUGGAGGGUUGAUAUCACCAAACAGCUGGACUGGAGUGGAACCAACAGUAUCCUCUACUUCGGGUUAUACGACGGAAUGGACCCCAAUCCAGCAAGCAACCCUGGCUACAUCGUAAUGUCCUCGUAUCUUGUGUUCUACAAGUGAUUUCUAUGGACCAACCGCUGUUGUGGGGAGUGACACACAAUUAUUAAAAUUAUUAAAAUCUCUAUUUUUCAAAA